AAAACAAAUGUCUAACAAUUUAAAAAAAAAGUCUUGACGACAAAUAGGCGCGUUUUUUUCUUUUUCAAACAAUCGCUUUAUAAAAUUUUAUUUUUUAUUUAUAAUUUUAAGUUGCAAUGCCUCGAAGGCAAUCAGGUCAUGCCACUGGACCUGGACCUAAAUCAAAAACAAAAAGUAAAACUAAACAAGCAGCCAUUGCCUUUCUCGGCGAUAGUAGUGCUUCAGAAGGGUCGGAAGCAGAAAGUUUUCAAUCGGUAGAAUUGGAAGCUGAUCGUACAGAUUAUGGCUUCAACUAUACCAAUAGUAGCCCUCACCAUUCCAGACAAGUAUCUCAAAGACGGGCAACACCUGUAGCAGUUGAAUCGCCUGCCAGAGAAGCCAGGUCAUCGCCUCUAACAAGAUCCAGUUUUAUACCUCGAAAUACCAAUAGGUCAUCCACAAAUUCUAGAAGUCGGAAGCAAAUGAAUCCAGUGAGACGAGAGCAGAUGUUGUGGAAACAAAUUAAACAACUCCAACAGAAAACUGAUAAUUUAACACCAAAGGCUCCCUUUGGGCGACUCAUCCGCGAACUAUUGAUACAGGAAUCUACUAGUGCCCAUAAAAUCACUGUUGCGGCAUUGGAAGCCUUACAAACAUCAGCUGAGAUCUAUAUUACGAGUUUAUUUUCCGAUUCUUACCUCUGCACAUUACAUCGUGGUCGAGUCACACUGGGGGUGCAGGACCUCCGUUUGGUAAGGUUCCUCAGAGGAACAUCUGACACAGGAAAUAAAUAGUUAGAAUUAAAGGAAAUAUAAAAGCUUGGUUUAAGAAUAUUUAAAGAAACAUAAUUAUAUAGUUGUAUGUUUGUUAUAUAGGUAUGUAGUUCAAGUUAAGAAAAUGUCAACAUUGCUUUGAUUGUUUUUUAUUUUU